AUGAUCGAAGAUACGGCGGCACUCGCUGCUGCCGCAGAGCUCAUCGCCUCCUUGGCCAGUGACCCUGCCUCUUUCUCGUUAAGAUCGGUCGGGGCCGGCUCCAGCGUCAAGCUGCCAGGCCGUGAAAACCCCGCCAAACGCACUUUGGAGAUUGAGCUGGAGAAGCUCGCCCAACGGAUUUCUCAGCUCGAGAGCAGGGCCACUGUCUCGGCCACCGCCGUCUUCCCAGAGACGCCCAACGAGGUCAACGACACGAUAUUCAACGAUGAAUCUGACACUCCUGUCAAUGGCCGCCCUGCGGCUCCCCAGCUAAAGCUGUCCCAGGCUCAACAAGGUAGCUUGGACAGUCCGAAUUUUGUAUCCCACCAGCUGACCAAGGAAGCGCUGCAAGGACUGCACGCCCACGUUGACGACCAGUCCAAGCUCCUAGACAACCAACGCCAGGAACUUGCUGGCGUCACCGCGCAAUUAUUAGAACAGAAACAGCUUCAGGAGCGUGCCUGGGAGGCGAUGGAGCAGGAGCGGGUAGCCUCCCUAGAGCGAGAGCUACGGAAGCACCAGCAAGCCAACGAGGCUUUCCAAAAGGCCCUCCGAGAGAUUGGAGAGAUCGUCACUGCCGUAGCCCGUGGCGAUCUGUCCAUGAAGGCUGGCAUGGAAACGGUCGAAAUGGACCCUGAAAUCACAACCUUUAAGCGCACCAUCAACGCCAUGAUGGACCAGCUGCAAACCUUUGCUAGCGAAGUGUCUCGAGUCGCUCGUGAGGUCGGAACCGAAGGUCUACUCGGCGGCCAAGCCCGCAUCGGCGGUGUAGACGGUGUAUGGAAAGAGUUGACAGACAAUGUGCGAGAAAUUGCCUCUGUCACAACAGCAGUCGCCCAUGGCGACUUAACAAAGAAGAUUGAACGACCAGCAAGCGGAGAAAUCUUGCAACUGCAACAGACCAUCAACACCAUGGUGGAUCAACUUCGAACAUUUGCAUCGGAAGUCACGCGUGUAGCCAGAGAUGUCGGAACCGAGGGCAUCUUAGGCGGCCAAGCAGAUGUUGGCGGGGUCAAGGGCAUGUGGAAUGACCUGACAGUAAACGUGAAUGCCAUGGCCGACAACUUAACGACACAAGUGCGCGACAUCAUCACAGUCACAACGGCCGUCGCCAAGGGCGACCUUACCCAGAAAGUCCAGGCCGAAUGCCGAGGAGAAAUGUUCAAGCUCAAGUCUACCAUCAACUCCAUGGUCGACCAACUGCAGCAAUUUGCUCGUGAAGUCACCAAGAUUGCCAGAGAAGUCGGAACUGAGGGCCGACUUGGUGGUCAAGCUACAGUCCAUGAUGUUGAGGGUACAUGGAGAGAUUUAACGGAAAACGUCAAUGGCAUGGCCAUGAACCUGACAACACAGGUGCGAGAGAUUGCCAAGGUUACCACAGCCGUAGCCAGAGGCGACCUUACCAAGAAGAUUGGGGUAGAGGUCAAGGGAGAGAUCUUGGAGCUGAAGAACACCAUUAACCAAAUGGUUGAUCGUCUGGGCACAUUCGCAGUGGAAGUGAGCAAAGUGGCCCGUGAAGUCGGUACAGAUGGUACGCUGGGUGGCCAAGCUCAGGUCGCGAAUGUCGAGGGCAAGUGGAAAGAUCUCACCGAAAAUGUCAACACUAUGGCAUCCAACCUCACUGUACAGGUGCGAAGUAUCUCGGCUGUCACGCAAGCCAUUGCAAAUGGAGACAUGAGCCAGACAAUUGAUGUAGAAGCAAAUGGUGAGAUACAAGUGCUAAAGGAGACCAUCAACAACAUGGUUUCACGCCUGUCAAGUUUCUGCUACGAAGUUCAACGUGUUGCCAAGGACGUCGGCGUCGACGGCAAGAUGGGAGCUCAAGCUGAUAUUGCCGGACUAAAUGGACGAUGGAAAGAAAUUACCACUGAUGUCAAUACUAUGGCCAGCAACUUAACAACCCAAGUGCGUGCCUUCUCUGAUAUUACGAAUCUGGCUACAGACGGCGACUUCACCAAGCUUGUAGAUGUCGAAGCCUCGGGUGAGAUGGACGAGCUCAAGAAAAAGAUCAACCAGAUGAUUUCAAAUCUCAGAGAUAGCAUCCAGCGAAACACGCAAGCCCGAGAGGCUGCCGAGUUGGCCAACAAGACCAAGUCAGAAUUCCUUGCCAACAUGUCCCACGAGAUUCGAACUCCGAUGAACGGCAUCAUUGGAAUGACACAGCUCACACUGGAUACCGACUUGACCCAAUACCAACGAGAAAUGUUGAACAUUGUCAAUGAUCUUGCCAACAGCCUGUUGACCAUCAUUGAUGAUAUCCUGGAUCUGUCCAAGAUCGAGGCUAGAAGAAUGGUUAUUGAAGAGAUCCCGUACACUUUGCGAGGCACCGUCUUCAACGCUCUCAAGACUCUCGCAGUCAAGGCGAACGAGAAGUUCCUUGAUCUCACGUAUAAGGUGGACAGCUCUGUGCCUGACUACGUAAUCGGAGAUUCGUUCCGUCUGAGACAAAUUAUCCUGAACCUCGUGGGCAAUGCCAUCAAGUUCACCGAACACGGUGAGGUUAGUCUAACCAUCCAAGAACUGGAGGACAAGAGACAUGUUGGCCCAGGAGAAUACGCCAUCGAGUUCAUUGUUGAAGAUACUGGUAUCGGUAUUGCCAAGGACAAGCUGAACCUCAUCUUCGAUACGUUCCAGCAAGCGGAUGGCUCAAUGACACGCAAAUUCGGUGGCACAGGCCUCGGUUUAUCCAUUUCAAAACGAUUUGUCAAUCUCAUGGGUGGAGACCUGUGGGUUAACAGCGAGGUUGGCAAGGGAAGUGAAUUCCACUUUACUUGCCGUGUGAAGCUGGCCGACGUGCACGCGGAAAGCGUUCAGCAGCAGCUGAAGCCAUACCGCGGCCACCAGGUCCUCUUUGUCGACAAGUCGCAGUCAAAUGCGGCGACGCACAUUGGAGAAAUGCUGGAGGAGAUUGGGCUCUUCCCUGUUGUCGUUAACUCCGAGAAAAGCUCAGCUCUCACCCGACUUAAGGAGGGUGGUGCUUUACCAUAUGACGCCAUCAUCGUCGACUCAAUUGAUACCGCCAGGAGGCUCAGAGCGGUAGAUGACUUUAAGUAUCUUCCUAUUGUCCUGUUAGCUCCCGUAGUCCACGUCAGCUUGAAAUCAUGCCUGGAUCUGGGCAUCACGUCCUACAUGACAAUGCCCUGCAAGUUGAUUGACCUGAGCAACGGAAUGGUCCCCGCUCUCGAAAACAGGGCCACGCCAUCUCUCGCAGAUGUCACCAAGUCCUUUGAGAUUCUGCUUGCCGAGGACAACACUGUCAAUCAGAAACUGGCCGUGAAGAUUCUUGAAAAAUACCACCACGUUGUUACCGUUGUGGGUAACGGCUGGGAGGCUGUAGAGGCCGUGAAGCAAAAGAAGUUUGAUGUGAUCCUGAUGGAUGUCCAGAUGCCCAUCAUGGGAGGAUUUGAGGCCACUGGUAAGAUCCGAGAAUAUGAACGAGGCAUGGGAACGCAUAGAACUCCCAUUAUUGCCCUCACUGCCCACGCCAUGAUGGGUGACCGCGAAAAGUGUAUCCAGGCCCAGAUGGAUGAAUAUCUGUCCAAGCCGCUGCAACAGAACCAGCUCAUCCAGACCAUCCUCAAAUGCGCUACUCUUGGAGGUGCGCUGCUAGAGAAGAAUCGUGAGCGAGAGCUUGCUCUGCAAGCAGAAGCCAAAGCGUCUGGGCGUCUCGAUAGCGAUCGAAAUUUGCCACGUCCGAGCCUUGAGGGCCGAGCGUUUACCGCUCGAGAGCCUCUGACCAAGAAUAAGCCCAUCACCAAGGCCACGACUAAAGCCCUGGAGGAAGCGCGAUCGGCUGCGCUGGCGAACGCAAAGUUUGGUGAUUUUUCUGAGCUUGGAGCCGAAUACUUGGAUGAACUGGAAGAGCUGACAGAGGAAACCGACACAUUUUUAAAAGCACGUGAAGAACUUUCUGACAAACGAAGUUUCUCAAGUUAAAUGUGCACAAAGAUGUCUUUCGGAUUGUGGCUUCAUCAGAUAUGAAUGCCGCACUUUUGUCUGUCUGAUAUCGUUUAUCAGGUCCUACGAGUCUAUUGCCUGACAUGAGCUUACGAGAUCACACUGAUUUAUUUAUACCCUCCCUCCUUGGCUAUAUUUGAUGGCUAAGCUUUUACAACUCUUUUUCAAAUCUUGGAGAGUAUAUAAGCUCUGGGGAUUGCCGAUCCUUUUAUCAUGUCGAGUUUGCAUGAUGCUGAACCUUUUCAUCUCUUCAGCAGGGUGGCAGGCAGUAUCACUCUUGAUACGAGUAUCUGUGUGCUGAUCAUGUCAAGGUUACCAUCCCUCUUCCUGGUUUUAACCGUACUUUGUUUUUCCCAGAGCAUCACUGUUGUUUUUUUUUUUUUUUUUGAGAUUGUGCCGAUAUACUCCUCUGCUCUCAGCCCUCAACAUGGCGAAUAAGGUGUUGAUAUGACCUUGGAAGAGAAAAAAGGGGGCCUGACUGGCCUGUCCUGUUUAUGCGGUUUAGUUGCUUUCCCUAAUUCCCUUAUGCAUUCAUCAGUUUGUAUUUAAACUCGCGGCUCUCUUCGUCUUUAUUGGUCUUUCGUUUUAUUUCCCUUUUGAUUUGUAGGGAUGUUUUCAUUCCUUACUAGCAAACGGUUGGAAGGGAAUCGCAGGAAUAUUGCGGCAGCAAUAGUAAGCAGGUUUCAUGAGGAAAUUACGAGAAGGGAAUUGCAUGACGGAAAAAAAAGCCAAAUUUCCUUCUUGAUAAGUGACCAAGGGGUGGGUGUGGGCUUUCUUGUUAAUUUUUCAUCUCCUUUCGUUGCCUCACUUUGUUUUCCAUGGGGGAAAGAGAGAGAGCUGCAGGCUUGAAUCCUUUUCCUCACAUUCGUAGAUAUUACGAUGAGAAUAAGAUGAGAGAAGUUCUUGGAAGGGAAUGACGAGCAAAGGGAAUGGACGUGAUGGUUGGUACGGUGGCUCCCAAAGCCGGACGGAAGGUGGAUAAGAGAAACAAAGACCUUGCUUUUACUUUGCUUUUUGCUUUUGCGUCGAAAGGAGUUUAUAGUUUUCAUUUUUUUGGUAGCGAUAUUCAAGGCUUUCCAUCUUCUUA